GCCACUUGAGCGGUUGCUCUCCCCAUCUAUAACUGUACACCACCAGUUGCUCUGCGCCUCUGCCUCGCCUCGCUCCCCCAGCGCAGUCGCCGCUCCCGAGUCUCUUCGUCGUGCGCCGACCCCACCCAGUUCGUCCGCGCAGCAUGGGGAACUGCCAAGCAGCGGAGGCGGCGACGGUGGUGCUCCAGCACCCGGGCGGGCGGGUGGAGCGGCUCUACUGGUCCACCAGCGCCGCCGAGGUCAUGCGCGCCAACCCGGGACACUACGUCGCGCUCGUCACCCUCCGCGUCGCCGAGGAGCGCCACGACGCCGUGGACGGCGCGCGCCGCACCGUGCGCCUCACGCGCGUCAAGCUGCUCAAGCCCAAGGAGACCCUGCUCCUCGGCCACGUCUACCGCCUCAUCACCACCCAGGAGGUGACGAAGGCGAUGCAGGCUAGAAAGGAGGAGAAGCUGAAGAAGGCGCAGCAGCAGCUGUUGGAGUCGAGGCAGAGCAAGGCGAGGGGCGCGGCCGAGGAGGAGGACGACGAGGAGGCCUUGGACGCCAGUCUUGAUCAGUUGGCGCGACAGGACAGGGACGACAACCGGAGCUCCAGUGCGCGGCACCGGCAAUGGCGCCCGUCGCUGCAAAGAAUCGACGAAGCCGCGAGCUGAUCGAUGCCCAGUCAUACACUCACACCACAGAAUAGUAGGGCCGUAAUUGUUGACCGGUGAACCUGUAUUUUCGGUGUUCACCUGGCCUUAAUUAGCUCGCGAGGGUUGCUACAUUUGCACACUGUGGGUUGAAGUUUGACUGUUUGUCGCCUCGUGAUGAGAGGACUGCUUUAGAAGUAGCUGCCUCGAAUCCGUGUAAAUUUUCAGGUCUUCUCAGGCGUUUGUUAGUGAGACUGCUUGCUUUCUCGAUACUUUUACACAUCGAAUCAGAACAAAUUAAAGUAGCUUAGAUUUAAAACAAGAAAUGUCAUGUACCUGUUACUAUUCCAUUACAGAUGGGAAUCAAGCGCAUACCUUUUGAAGA